AUGCCACAAGAUAAGACCCCGAGGCAGAUGUCGCACACGACCCUACUCCAUACUGUACAAACAGGUCAUAUCCUUGAUCCAGCCGCGAGAGAUAAACUCCACCUAUCUCUCAAGAGAUCUUGGACAGAAGCUCGUUACCUCAGCGAUGGACGAUACCCUACAAGGCGAUACGUUGCACAAGCGUCCAUCAAGUCGAUGACAUCUUGA